UUUCUUUGUUGAAGCUUGGAUGGGCGUUUGAUGGAGAAGACAACAUUAGAUUACUCCUCACAGGGACUCAGCUUUUGUAUGAGCUUGUUCUAUAGAUUACUGCCAUAAACAAUUUGCGUAGGUCAGAGGGCAAAUGACGACGGCCAUGGCGCAAUGGGGAUUCCAGUCCAUGUCCUCCCUCGUUGACCUUGCUCAAGCGGGAUUUCAACUUCUCACCCAGGGGAUAUAUGACACAGGGGAGGAGGACUGGUGGUGGUCCAUUGGGGAAUGGAGCAGAGCAAGAGGAACGCGGGGUUGGAGAUGAGGAAGGGUGAAGGGGAAGAAGAAGGGAGACGGGGAUGGUCGGAUGUGAGGCUGGCAAUGGAGGAGCUCUCCUUGUUCAAGACCGAGGAGAAGAAGGUGUCCACCUUGGCCUUGCUUGGUGCCUCCAAUCUGCUCCUCCAUGUCCUUGAUAAGAUUGGACCAACACUUCUGGUGCUAAGGCAAGACAUACAACAAAAUAUCGAGAGGGUGGAAGAAAUGUACAUGUUAAAUCCAAAUCUAUAUUCAAGUUUGGUAGAGAUGGUGAAGAAAGAGGUGGACCAAAGGAGUUCAAGAAACAAGGACAGCUGUUCCAGAGCUAUAUUAUGGCUUGCUAGGUCGAUAACUUUCAGUGUAACUUUGUUCCAAGAGUUAGAUAAAAACCCUGAGUGGAGCCUUGCACAAGUGGUGGAAGAAACAUACACUGAUACGCUGAAGCCAUGGCAUGGUUGGGUUGCCUCAACUGCUUACAAGGUAGCUAUCAAGCUGGUUCCAGAGAGAGAGAUCUUCAUCGGAUUGCUGAUGGGCCAAGAGCAAGAUUAUGAUGCCCUGAAAGAAGACAUCAAGAUUUAUGUCUCAGCGAUCCAUCCUCUAUUAGAUGAAACCUAUGCCCUUUUGAGGACACACAAGUUGGAUACACUGAAGUCUCCCUAAUCAUUGAUGUGCAUUUAUGUAUAUGAUGUAAGAACAAACUGUAAAAUACUACUCACACUGUACAUUACCACUUGCUUAAGAGGAAUGUAAUCUGAUCUCUUCUCACUCA